CCUGCGGCCAGGUGAGGGAGAAUUUGUUUAUGAAAAGCUUCACACUUCUACCAACUUCCUCAAUAUCAGGUUCUGCCGAAGGUUAUUUCAAAUUUGUCCCUGGCAGAUUGGCAGACCAAAAAGGUGGCCUGUUUGAAGUUCAAGUGGCAAGGUUCCCUGUAGAGGUGCAAGAUUAUAUUUACUGAUUGAACUUUUCAUGGUUCUCCCGAAGCACCGAAACAGAACUGAUUCUAAACGUCCUCUGUUAAUCAGUAUGAGAAGACCCUUUCAGCCUCAUACUUAAGCUACAAAAAAGGUCACGAUCCAUUCUUUGUUGUUUAAGUAGGUUUUGUGAUUUGGUAUGAAUUUAUUCACUUGAUAUCCAGUGAUAUUUUUUUACAUAUCCCUUUCGGUUUAUGUGAGCAUGCUCAAGAAUUGUUUUUUCUUUUUGAUAGAAAGAGAGAAAUAGAUAGAUACUACAUAGAAAUUACAGUAGUUCUGGGAAACAAAGUCCCAAUAGAGCAUUAUUCAAGAAUUAUGUUUGGUUGCUUUAAGAGAAGCUAUUUUAGGACCAGGAGCAAACACAUGCACUGAACAGAGCAAACUGGCACUAAACCGUGGCUAUUUAC